GCACGGUUUUGGAGCGGGUGUUCUUCUCGUCUUCGUUGCGAGAAUCGCCGAUUAACGAGGUCGUUUAAGUUUAAAGAGUGAGCUACACCGUGUGCCUAUCGACAUCGACUGUUUGCCGAUAAAAAUUUCGUACCAGCUGGCCUAAACUCCGGUACACGCGAUGUUGUCGAUAAAUUAACGGAACUUGUUUGUUGUUUUAUCGAUGGUCCAGCUGCGCGAGAAGUUGGAAAGAAAAGUGGUGUAACAAUCGGUCCGGUAGCUCGUGUUUUUAAGACUGUUUCAUCGAAAAGCAGUUUUCCAGUUAUAAACGUUUCUUCAUUUCAAAGAAGGUUGUUUAUACUUCUCGUGACAAGUAUCUCGAGCGACACUGUGUGAAACGUGAAAUUUGAUUAGUUUGCUGCGGUGAACAGUUAUGACAUAACCUAUAAUCUAAACGUUCGCCAUUAAUCGUGUAUAUCGAUGUAUUGAUUAGAGUGAUCAAUAUGUGACCGAUCGAUAUAUCAGAUUAGUCUCCAUUGUCUUCAGAAACGAAACUUUGAGUCGUGAGUGGAGAGUAAAGGAAUUUUUCUAGUGUAUGGACCGAUAGAUUUUGUACGUUAUCUAUCGACGUGGAUGGGACAUUUUUCUUCUUCUACUAGCUCACAGAGACACGGACCACGGUCUUCGGCUCCUUUUACGGAUUUUGUCGAUCUGCCACUGCGAAAUGCAGAGGUUUGCCUAUCAGUGUCAGGCAUUUUUUAGACAGAUUUAGACUGAAACGAUCCGGAACGUAGUAUCGCGACAUUGAUCCGACUCCCUCCCGAUGCUCCAUUCAUCGGCGAGCUAUCUGAAGGUCGGCCAAGUAGGAGUCACAGAAGAAUCGGGAAUAGUAGACGCUGGGAUUUUCUCCGCGAACUGCGUGAUGAUUGCUAUGCCGGGCUUUUCCAGGCAACGACGAAAAAUCGAAUUAUUAUUACUAGCCAUUGCCGUUUUGGCAGUAACAGGGAACGCUUUUGCCGAAGUAUACAAAAUUCCGAGAGGUCCACCAGAAUCUUCGAGCAAAACGAGAGAGUCUAAUGUCCACCUCAAACAAAUCGACUUACUACCUCAUGCAACAGAGGAAAGAGGUGUAGAUUGUCCACUAGGGGGAUAUACAUUCUUACCACACGAAUCUUCUUGCACCAAGUAUUACUUUUGCGAAAACGGAAAUAAGCAUAUGGGUGAAUGUCCUGAAGGCAUGAUAUAUGAUUAUAUUAGAGAAGUUUGCGAUUCGCCGCAUGUCGCCAAAUGUAUAAACCAAAAGUAUAACGACUUUUACAACAAUGAUAAUAAUUGUCUUUUUCCAUCUGAUUGUCCAUCCGUUGGUCAUAGUCGUUAUUCUCAUGAAAGAGAUUGUAGUUUAUAUUACGAAUGCUCCAACGGUCGCAAAUGUCUUCUGAAGUGUUUCGAUGGGCACGUCUUCAAUCCAGUAAUCGACACGUGCGAUAUACCCAAGAACGUACCCGGCUGCCGCAAUUAGAUACCUACUAUGAAUGCAGUGUAAUCCUUGCGAUGUAGUGUCGGUGUUAACAAUAUUCCUCAUGAAUGUUACUGUAACAGAUAUUAUAAAUGCUCAGGCAAUAUGAAACUUCUUAUGACGUGUAAAAGCGGACAACUCUUUGACUAUACAGAAGAAAGAUGCGUUGAUAGUAGUCAUGCUUACUGUUAUAUGGACAGUAAUGCUAGGAAUUGAGAAACUUGUGGUACCUAGUACAACACAGGCUUUUACACAGAAGAUUGUCAAAAAUAUUGUAGAUGUAGCGAUAGGAACGUGUGUAUAUCGAGCAAUGUGCCAGCGGUCUGUACUACGAUAUAAUAUUGGGAGAACGUGUCUCAAAACGUAAAUUUAUCGUCGAACUGUCCGUCUCUACCUGAUUGUAGCAGUAGUAUUGGUGUUGUACCCCAUUAUUGUAAAUUUACACUUUGCUAUGAAUACGACGGAAAGUCAAAUAUUGCGAGGUAUGCGAUACUGGAUUAAAGUUAUAUUAUGUACUCGGAAGCUGUGUGAGUAAAAAUGCUUAAUGUGGCAACUGCAACCUACUGGCAAACAAAACAUUUUUGGUUGGAUAUACCAUUUGUGAUUAAUUUGCUUUAAAAACUGGAAAAUGAAUCGUAGAAUCAGAAAGAAAUGAAUUUGUAGAAUAAUCACUAAAGGUAAAUGCUUUGUUGUAAUACCUUCGAGUAUCUCUGAAUUUCAGAAUAUUACGAUGUUACAAGGUUAAAACGUAAUGCUGCUUUUAUAUAUUAUUUAAUUUAUGUAAUCUUUUAGGAUAACUGCAUUGAAUUUGACACAGAUCGCAAAUUUUCUGUAAAUAAUAAAAUUAGUGAUAAAUGACACCAUUUAAUUAGCAUUCUUUCUUAUAUGUACACAUAGCAUGAAACGAUAUUAAUUUAAUUACAUUCGAUUCAUCGCCAUGUAUAUUGUCACGAUUUUAUUUUGUAAAAAUGCGACUGAUUAACAAAAACAUUACCAUAAAUGUAGUAGUUACAUACAAAGCAAACGUAAAUCAAUGAUGCCAUGUGAAAUGUAAAAGAUCGGAUUAUAAAACAUUCGAUGGAAAUAAAAGUUGCUCGAUAUUGCAUUGUAUUCUAUAUAUAUUAAAUGAUUUAUCA